UCAUGUAACUGGUUGUGUAAAGGGAAAUAGCGUUCGCGGUUCUUUGACUAGACUGCUGCCGCUGCUUCGGUCUGUCGUUUAUCUCGGUUUAUCUUCGCAUUUGUCAUAAUUCGACCUUUUACUCGGAAGCUUUGCACCGCGUAUGCUGCUCUGCGUCUGGAGGAGCUCCUCUCGACUCUUGAAGCAUCUCAUUCAGCCCAACCAGAGGCCCAGCCCUGUAGUUUUCUCCACCGACUCACUGACCAGUGAAGCCACCAUGUCAGACAAGAAACGCAAGGCUACAUCUGCAGCAGCCGGUAAGGAGCCCAGUGCCAAGCAGCCCAAGCUGGCUCCAGCGAAGGAGGAGAAGAAGAAGGAUGCCGGCUGGCUGCAGAGCCUCGUGCAGCAGCAGAGGUCGGAGAAAAACGACAUGAAGUUCAACAAAAAGCGCCUGCGUUUCAUAUCUGGCGUAGAGAAGAUCAAGCAGGGCUCAGAGGGAGUCCUCUACUGGAUGUUGAGAGACAACAGAGUGCAAGAUAACUGGGCGCUGAUCCGGGCCCAGCGGCUCGCAAUGAAGGAGAACCUCCCCCUGCAUGUGUGCUACUGUCUGGUAGUGCCCGAGUCACAGUUGUCCACUCUGAGACACUACAACUUCAUGCUGAAGGGGCUGGAAGAAGUAGCAAAGGAAUGCAAACACCUAAACAUCCAGUUCCACUUGCUUCACGGUGCACCAGGGGAGGUUCUGCCCGGGUUCGUGUCUGACCGAAGCUUCGGUGCAGUCGUGACGGACUUCUCUCCCCUCAGAGAGCCGAUACAGUGGCUGAAAGACGUCAAGAAGGGACUUUCAAAGGAAAUUCCCCUCAUACAGGUUGAUGCUCAUAAUAUUGUUCCCUGCUGGGAAGCAUCACCUAAACUCGAGUACGCCGCCAGAACCAUCAGGGGGAAAAUUACCAAGGUUUUGUCAGACUUCCUCACUGAUUUUCCCCUGGUGGAGAAACACCCCCACACUGCUACGAGAACCGCCAAACCAGUUGACUGGGACAAAACUCUCGCCUCCCUGUCGGUCGACAGAACAGUGGGAGAGACCGAGUGGGCAAAGCCCGGCACCAAAGCAGGGAUGGCCAUGUUGGAGUCCUUCAUCGAUGUACGCCUUAAACUGUUCGACACACAGCGCAACGACCCAAACGCUCCCGCCCUCAGCCAGCUCUCGCCAUGGAUCCGCUUCGGCCACAUUUCAGCCCAGCGCGUGGCUCUGCAGGUUCAGCGCAGCGGGAGGACGGCAGGUGUGUCUGUCGCCUCGUUCAUCGAGGAGCUGGUGGUGCGAAGGGAGCUGACGGACAACUUCUGCUUCUACAACGAGAAAUACGACAGUGUGGAGGGUGCGUACGAGUGGGCUCGCAAGACCUUGAAAGACCACGCCAAAGACAAGAGGCCCUACCUGUACACAAAGGAGCAGCUGGAGAAAGCAAAAACUCACGACAAGCUGUGGAACGCAGCUCAGUACCAGAUGGUCAGUGAGGGGAAGAUGCAUGGUUUCCUGAGGAUGUACUGGGCCAAGAAGAUUCUGGAGUGGACUUCUUCACCAGUGGAGGCGCUCUCCAUCGCUCUGUACCUCAAUGACCGCUACGAGCUGGACGGCCAGGACCCCAACGGCUUCGUCGGUUGCAUGUGGUCUAUUUGCGGCAUCCACGACCGGGGAUGGGGAGAGAGGCCUAUUUUCGGAAAAAUCCGCUACAUGAACUACAAAGGCUGCCUUCGGAAGUUUAACGUAGCCCAGUUUGAGAAAAAGUACUGUCCAAAAAACCUCUGAAGCGUAACACGCCGUCUGCAUCUCCUACACCUUUGCCUCAGGGAGCUCUUCUUUUUUUAUUUUACAUUCUCUGUAGCAAUCGAUGUUUUUUUCUCUUCUUUGUUCCUCGCUGUUUGUUUUGUCCAGAACCCUGCGCUUUAUUAUUAUUGCUUUGGUUGCUGCUUUUACUGAAUAUUAACAUGUUGGUACUGAACUGUAAGCUGUUUGGGGUCAUUUGCAGGGAGCUCUUGUUUCCUGUUUGAUUCCGUUUCUUUAUUAGCAUGAAAAAAGGGCUUUUUACUUUGUUUUUGUGAUGCUUUUUAUAUUAGUUCCGACUACGAUGGUUCAUUUUUCACAGCAGAUGUGGUUACGGUUCAACGACUGACUCACAACAUGCUGUUUCUGCCCUUUUAUACAAUUAAAGUCAUAUCAAAACAAAGGUAAAAA